UUCACUUCGUAUUUCUGUGACUGUUGAUUUCAUUAUCUUUCUCUCUCUAGAAUCCAUACAGGAACUGUUCGAAGCGCUUGUAGGAGGCAUUUGAAGUAGAAGAAGAAGAAGAAGAAAUGGACGUCAGCGAGGAGCUAAAGGCAACGCACAAGAGAACAUUCCUCAACUUCUUUGAUGAAGAAGAAUUCAGAGACAUUUACAGACACGAGAUCACUAACAUGAUGCAUCACAAACGCCGCCGCAUCAUCGUCAACAUCUCUCAUCUAUACAGUCACAAUAAAGAGCCUGAUUUGGCUCGAAGACUGCUUCAAAAUCCCGUUGAAUAUAUGCAAGCUUUGAGCGAUGCUAUUACAGAAUUUUCUCGUACCAUCGAUGCUAAAUACUUGAAAGAAGGCGAACAACUGCUUGUGGGGUUCGAAGGACCUUUUGUAUCGCGGAGGGUCACACCAAGGGAUCUCCUAUCCAGUUUCAUCGGCUCCAUGGUUUGCGUUGAGGGCAUUAUCACGAAAUGUUCUCUUGUGAGGCCAAAGGUUGUAAAAAGUGUUCAUUUUUGCCCUGCCACCGAACAAUUUACUAGUCGUGAAUACAGGGAUAUCUCAUCCAAUAUGGGUUUGCCAACUGGUUCCGUGUAUCCAACCCGGGAUGAUAAUGGGAAUUUGCUGGUGACGGAAUAUGGUAUGUGCCAAUACAAAGACCAUCAAACUUUGUCAAUGCAAGAAGUUCCAGAAAAUUCAGCUCCUGGGCAGCUGCCAAGGACGGUUGAUGUGAUUGUGGAGGAUGAUCUAGUGGACUCAUGUAAGCCAGGAGAUAGAGUGGCAAUUGUUGGAAUAUAUAAAGCUCUCCCUGGUGCAAGUAAAGGCAGUGUAAAAGGAGUGUUCAGAACUGUUCUCAUUGCUAACAAUGUGUCGCUGCUCAACAAAGAGGCAAAUGCUCCAAUAUACACUGCUGAAGAUAUUACUAACAUAAAGAAGGUAUCUGAAAGAGAUGAUACUUUUGAAUUGCUGGCUAAUUCGCUGGCCCCAUCCAUACAUGGGCAUUUGUGGAUCAAGAAAGCAGUAAUUUUGCUUAUGCUUGGAGGAGCAGAGAAGAACUUGAAAAACGGGACACAUUUAAGAGGUGACAUAAACAUGAUGAUGGUUGGUGAUCCUUCUGUUGCCAAGUCUCAACUAUUAAGAGCAAUUAUGAAUAUAGCUCCUUUGUCCAUAUCAACCACUGGUCGGGGCUCUUCUGGUGUUGGUUUAACAGCGGCAGUUACAUCUGAUCAAGAAACAGGAGAAAGAAGGCUAGAAGCUGGUGCCAUGGUUCUUGCUGACAGGGGAGUUGUUUGUAUUGACGAGUUUGACAAGAUGAGUGAUCAAGAUCGUGUUGCUAUACAUGAAGUCAUGGAACAACAGACUGUAACUAUUGCCAAAGCUGGCAUACAUGCUUCUCUUAAUGCUCGAUGUAGUGUGGUUGCAGCUGCCAAUCCUAUUUAUGGAACCUACGAUCGUUCCAUUACACCUACUAAAAAUAUUGGGCUUCCGGACUCGCUGCUUUCUCGUUUUGAUUUGCUAUUUAUUGUACUGGACCAAAUGGAUCCUGAUAUUGACCGCAAAAUUUCAGAGCAUGUGUUACGUAUGCAUAGGUAUCGUUCUGCUGCAGAUGGUGGAUCAACAGUUGAUGGGAGCUCAAGAUAUGGAAGAGAGGAAGAAGGUGAAAGCGGAUCAGCUGUGUAUGUGAAGUACAAUAGGAUGCUGCAUGGGAAAAAGACAGAUAGAAGUAGAAAGCGAGAUACCCUUACUAUAAAGUUCCUGAAGAAGUAUAUUCAUUACGCAAAGCACAGAAUUCUACCAGAGCUUACUGACGAGGCAUCUGAGAAUAUUGCUACUGCCUAUGCAGAACUCAGAAAUGGGAGUGCAGAUGCAAAGAAUGGUGGAGGAACUCUUCCAAUAACAGCUAGAACCUUAGAGACAAUAAUUCGUCUGUCUACUGCUCAUGCGAAACUGAAGCUAAGCAGACAGGUUCUGAAGUCUGAUGUGGAGGCAGCUCUUAAAAUUCUAAACUUUGCAAUAUAUCACAAAGAGUUGACUGAAAUGGAAGAUCGAGAAAAUGAAAGGGAGAGGGAGAGGGAAGUGGAGAAGAAACGUAAAGCUGAUAACAUGGAUGAUGAUGAUGCAGAUGGUGGGAAUGAGAAUAAUAAUAAUAGAUCUAGUCGAAGCAGAGCUACUAGAGGAAGAACAACGGAAGAAGCAAUGGAUAUAGAUGAGCCUGCUGGUGCUGGUGUUGCUGAUCAAUCUGGUGUUACUACUGUGUCCUCUGAAAGAGAAGAAGCAUUUAACAAUAUAUUUGGACAGCAUGUUCGCGAAAAGCAUUUAGAAAGGAUAUCGAUUGCAGAUCUUGAGACAGCAGUGAACAGCAAAUCAUCAAUUCUUCCCUACUCGAGGGACGAGGUCAUGCUUCUGUUACAGAAACUGGGGGAGAGCAAAAUUAUGAUCCAUGAGGAUAUAGUUUACAUACUGUGAGAGACAGAAACAAGACAAGGCAGGACAGAAGGCCACUCUACAAUGUUUGUGUGUUUGUUUGAAUUAUUAUUAUUAUUAUGUUGUUCUAGGCUAAACUUACUUAAAACACUACUAUUAAUUAAUUGCAGUCUUUAUCUUAUGAUGGAACUCAAGAACAACUAUAACUACUACAUUUUUAUUAUCUUUUACUAAGUGACAAUUUGUUUAAUUUAAGCUAGCUUUA